UUAUAAAGGCAGGUGGGCACUGCACCUCCAUCCUUAGAGAGCACCCCGCCGUCAGUCGUCUACACAGUACACACAUCGCAGCUAUAGCUCGCGACCAUCCGACAGGGCUAGCUAGCUCCUGCCGGCUGCCGCCGCCAUUACCCGCCGCCGUCCAUCGCCGCUACUCUGCUGUCGGUGGCGGCCGUGCUAGCUACUAGCUGCGUGCUACACCUAUGGGUCGGCAGCCGUGCUGCGACAAGGUGGGGUUGAAGAAGGGCCCGUGGACGGCGGAGGAGGACCAGAAGCUCGUCAGCUUCAUCCUCGGCAACGGCCAGUGCUGCUGGCGCGCCGUGCCCAAGCUCGCCGGGCUGCUGAGGUGCGGGAAGAGCUGCCGGCUCCGGUGGACCAACUACCUGCGGCCGGACCUCAAGAGGGGCCUGCUCUCCGACGCCGAGGAGAAGCUCGUCAUCGACCUGCAUGCUCAGCUCGGCAACAGGUGGUCCAAGAUUGCGUCGCACUUGCCAGGGCGAACGGACAACGAGAUCAAGAACCACUGGAACACCCACAUCAAGAAGAAGCUCAAGAAGAUGGGGAUCGACCCGCUCACCCACAAGCCCCUCUGCCCGUCGUCGUCGUCGUCGUCGUCGUCCGCUGAUCCGCAGCAGCUGCAGAGCCCACCGCCCACCGCCGCCACCGGUGGCUCGACGGAAGCGCAGGCAGCGCAGCCAUCGCCAUCUCCACCAUCUCGGAAGCCUCCAGAGCAGAAGACAGCCGCAGCACCGGUGACGACCCCACCGCCGGCGGCCACGAUAGCAGCUAGCCGGCAAGAACUAGCAGGCGACGAUGCCGACGGGCUGCUCCUCAGCAACUCUGAUCCAGGCUUCUGCACCGACGAGGUACCCAUGAUGCACCCGGACGAGAUCAUGGUGCCAGUACUGGGCGACCAGCGGCUGCACACGCCGCCAUUGCCGACGUUCUCACCGGCCACCGCCGCCGCUGCUGCCGCCGCCGUCUCGACGACGCCCACGACGACGACGUCCAGCUCUGCAGCAGCCUCGGCAGCGUCGUCGUCGUCCUUGAUCAGCCGCGAUGAGGACGCGGCGCUGUUCCCGCUCAUCGACAUGGACUUCCCCGAGAUCGUGUUCCGGAUGGGGCUAGACGACAUGGUCGCGUCGUGGGACGACUCCUUGGCGCAGCCGCCGCUGUCGCCAUCGCUGCCGGUCUACGAGGACUCUGCGUACCAGCUGCAGAGGAGCGGCGUUGCGUUUGACCAGGAGCCAGGGAACAAGAUUCAGCUCUUCUCUAGCUAUUAGUCACUUAACCCCUCUAAUAAAUAAGAUUUGCAACUUCUCACUGCACUAAACUACUAGUAGCAAAUUAGACAGGACGGUUGUUCUGUUGUUCAUUCUGUUAACUGCGACUGCUUUCUGGUUAUUAUAUCCUGUUCUCCCACCGGUGCAGUGCCUAGUGUGUAUCCUAACAAAAUCUAGUAGGAUUUGUAAUCUAGUAAGCUUUAGGCCAUGUUUGGUUGGUGUCGAAGUUUGACACGUCGAACGUUAGGUAAACUGUGGUUAUCAUAAAAAGUGUGGCGGGCAACAUUUAAACAUUGAAGAAACAUGCUGAAGAAAGUUUUGGUC